AUCGUGACAGACGAGUUCUGGAAGAAAUGGACGGAGUUAUACGCCCCAACCUUGGUUAUUCGUCGCAAGUGGAAUACAGCCAACCGUAACCUGCGUCUAGGAGAUGUUGUAAUAAUUGCCGACCGUAAUACCUUGCGAGGAGAUUACCGUUUAGGUAUAGUACAAGAAGUGUUUCCCAGUCAAGACGGAAAAGUUCGUCGAGUAAAUGUCAUGUACAAGAAUUUUCAAAUUGGAGAAAAGGUACAAAAAUACAAAGGACAUAACGAGGCUGUCAUUGUGUCACGAAGUGCUCAGCGAUUAUCGUUAUUAGUACCAGUGGAUAUGGAUCAAGACCAGGAAACCAAGUCGGAAGCCAAAGAGAGUGUAUGA